AUGGUGUACUUGCACAAAUGUUUGAUAAAUGGAUCUCAAUCGUCGUUGGCGUUGGUGGACCGCAAUUGCAGUUAUGUACAGCUUGUGGACACAGUUAUGAAAGAAUUUGAUCUGGAUCCCAUGAAGGUAACAGUCUCAUUGAAGUAUGUGUUGAAUGAUGACUUGCCACCAAUCAGAAUAAAGAACAAUAACAACGUUCUAUGGUACAUUCUACUAAAGGAUAUGGAACGUGAACCUGCCAAAUACCCAUUAUUCAUUGAUGUUACAGAUACAAAAAUUGAUAAUACAUCUAUCAUAAUGUCAAUUAAUGCACAUUCUAGUGGGGAGCUGUGUACGUUGCAGGACAUGGCCUCAGACAUAUGCGAAGCAUCAAUUAAAACAAUGGGUCACAUAUGUGACACUGAAGUCACAGUUGUAUCGGUAGCUGAUGCUAGGGAGGUCGAAGAAGGAAGGGUCUUCUGUGAAAAGAAUAUUUUGAAACUGAGCUUGUCCCUUUUCGCCAUACAGAACAUGUUUGAGUUUAUGGUUGAAAUGUCUGACAAGAAAGAAUAUGUUUUGAAGUGUUCACAUCAUGGAUGUAGUUGGAUAUGUAGAUCAUCAAAGUGGGGUAAAACAAAUAUAUUUAAGGUUCGAAAGAUUGCUAGUCACACAUGUCCAUCAAAUAUAGUGUUGGGGUCACACAGGCAAGUCUCAACUACAGUUGUGUCAUCUACCAUUAAAUAUAAAUACACAUCAUCACGUACUAUAUAUACUUCGAAGGAUAUAUGCAAUAAUAUGUUACAUACUUACGGGGUUUAUUUGAAUUAUUCGAAAGCUUGGAGGUCUCGCGAACAAACUUUGAGAAUGAUUAGGGAUGAUCCAACUGAAUCAUUUGGUAAGAUACCAAGAUUCUUCUACAUGCUCCAACAAAAGAAUCCCGGAACGGUCACAGAACUCGAAGUGGAUAGUCACAAUAGGUUCAAAUAUUGCUUUAUGACACUUCGUGCAUCAAUACAAGGAUGGGAGCAUUGUAGACCUGUGGUUGUGGUUGAUGGUACUUACUUGAAUGGUCAUUAUAGAGGUACCCUUUUCACAGCGUGUACACAAGAUGCAAAUAACAGCAUAUAUAUUCUUGCUUUUGGAAUUGGAGACAACGAGAAUGAUAAAUCUUGGAGAUGGUUUUUGAAAAACUUCAAGAAGGCUUAUGGGCACAGAGACGAAUAUGAAUAUCCUAGGACUUCUCAUGGUAUUUGUACAUAUCAUUUCUUCCAAAACUUGAAAUCAUACUAUGGGAAAUCUUGUGAAAACAUUACACAAGCAUUCAAUUCGGUUGUUCGUGCUUAUACAUUGGAAGAAUUUGAAUAUUACAUACGAGGACUGGACACAAUGAAUGAGAAGAUUAUUGGUUACCUGGCAGAUGUUGGACUGAAAAAGUGGUCACGAAUCCAUAUGCCAGCAAACAGAUACUCUACAAUGACUUCGAAUAUCGUAGAAUCAGUUAAUGCUGUGACAAAGGCAGCCAAGAAUUACCGUAUUGUAUCGUUGCUAGAGUCAUUGCGGCAAACUGUACAAUCUUGGUUUUGUAAACAUAGAGAUGACGCACAUGGGACUUUCAUGAAAUUGUCAAGCAAGUACGAGAAGGAGAUGAGGAAAAUAAGUGUAGAGUUGAGGUAUCUCCCUCCAACUAGUGAGUGUUUUGUGAUACUGCAAGUUAAUUUGAUACCGUGUCCACAUGCCUUGGCUGUUAUUGCAAAUACAAGGAGAGAUCCAUAUGCUUACUGUUCUUAUUAUUACACAAGAGAUGCUUACGUGAAUGCAUACCAAUAUUCUAUAUAUCCUGUUGGGAACCAGAAUGAACGGACAGUGCCUGAAAAAGUACAAGCCAAAAUUGUGUUAGCUCCUAACCAGAAGAGGAGUUCUGGAAGACCUACUGAGAAGAGAAAGAGAUCAUCCAGAGAAGGGAAACCAACAGUGAAAUGUGGUCGUUGUGGAGGAUAA